GCUUCAAGCUUCAGUAAUUUGGACACAAACGAACAGAGACCGCGGGAAGAAGAUGGAGGAAGACGGAGGAGAUCAAGCUCCGCUGCCGCAUCCGCCGAGCUCCGAAACCCCAAUCUCCGACCCAAACCUCGAUCCACCGUCCACGUGUCCCGAUUCCACACUCGGUCAUACUCAGGACGACGGCUCCGACUCAAAACCCCAUCUGAACCAGACCGAUCUAUUCAGAGCUCUCGAAGUCGCUGAGAGGGACUCCCUCGCCGUCGCGGAGAGCUUCACCUCUCUCUUCUCCUCCCUCCGCCUCGCCCUCUCCGAGGUUACUAGCAACUCGGUUGAUCACAUGCAUUGCUUUGGCGACGCCGCCGGCCGGCUUCAAGAAUCCGUGCUUGAUGCUGCUACGAAGGGGAAUCGGUACAUAAAUUCAUGUCUGAGUGGGUUAGAAACUGUUGCUAGCUGAGAAAAGUUGCUUACCAACCCCUGGAUGUGAACACAGUUAUGAGUUUGGAAUCCACUGGAAUGCUAUACCUCUAGAUUGUGGAAUGUUUUGCUUUUGUGAUGUUGGUAUUGUUGUUCUGGAUUCCUUAAUCCACAUUCGUCCAGAAAAAUCUUGAGAAGAAAUGUUGAUGCUCUAGACUCCGGAGUUAACAGGCUCCUUCGCCUUCCAUGAUGUCGACCUGCCCGUCUCGCUACCUCAAUUAUGGAUGUGGGAUCUUCUCUUCCAACAUAUUUGCUAAUUUGUGAUUGUUUCUUGGAAAUCAUAGUCAUUGUCAGGUCAUGUUUGGAUUUUCAUGAAACAUUUUCUGCGCUCAUGAACUAGUUGUCCAGUCGGUGCAAAUCAUUUGACAAUCUUGUAGGUGUAGAAUGUUGAGAGCAAUUGGGGAUUGUUUCUGUGGUAAACAGCUAUUUACGUGUAUAUUCUUUGUUGCUGCUUGGAAUCGAACAUGUUAGUGGUUGUCUUUCCCAAGUUGCAGUUACCCUUAAUUGCCUAAAAUUUUGGUUUCUGUACUGUUACUGUAUAAUUUCCUAGGGGGAACUGCAAUUUGGAAACUUCCCUUUUUCCACUUGUGGGGUAAAUACAUAGGGUUUGAAUGUAGGUGGCCAAUUGAUUCUUC